AGUUGUUCCGGGUUGACUAGAAGAAUGAAUAAACGCGCUCACCAACUGAAACCAGUAGACUUUUUGGUCUUGUUGGGUAGAAAAUCCUUACGUGAGAAAACAGUUUCUGUCAGCACCGGGGACUCUGUUUCAAAAAUAUUACGAUACAAGAACCCUUUUCCUUCUGAAGGGCGGCUGUUGGAUCCACUUGUAAAUGGCUCCCGGCUACAACGCGCGGAAUAUUCUAUAGAACAAAGUCGAAAAGCCUAUUAUUACGAAACUGUCUUUGGGAACUCUUUAAGGUUUGACAAAGGUCUACUGGAGAUUUUGAAAAUCGAAAAACAAGCAAGACUGGAUUCUGUCAAUUUGAAAAAGCUUUCGCAAAACAGAGUUCUUGUUGGUGUCGUGAAUCAGAAAAGACUUCUUUCUCGUUAUCACAUUGGAGAAAAACGAACAGUUUCCUGCUUUACUUCUAACAAAAAGAGAACCUUUGUCUCGUAUCCACGAGGCCAGUCUUGGUUUCAAAAACUUAAAGAAAGUCUACAACGAUUGGCCACUUCAGUUGUGAACUACAUUCGAAAGUUACCUAAACUGCUAUGGAAUGUAACUAAACAAGGUUUGACGUUUUUAGCCAAAAACUUAUGGGCAGCUGUCAAGAAUCCAAAGCUUGUCGUUGAGUGGUACAAGACGGCACGAGAGUGGACCGUCGAUUUUGUUAAACACUUUUGGACAGGUUGCAAGUUAUUGGCGGCAGACGUGAGAGUGAGUUAUGGGAUUUUGAAGAGAGCAACUCAAGGAAAGCCCUUGAGUCGACGUGAACGGAACUUAUUGGUAGGAACAGGAGCGGAUCUGGCCAGGUUGAUCCCCUUUUCAUUCUUUGUUAUCGUUCCUUUUAUGGAAUUUGCCCUACCUUUUGCUUUAAAACUAUUUCCCAAUAUGAUUCCUAGCCAAUUUCAAGACAGAAUGAAAAAGGAAGAAGAACUAAAGAAACAACUCAAGCUUCGCCUAGAGAUGGCAAGAUAUCUGCAAGAUGUUGUGGAAGAGAAAGCAAAAAAGAUAAAGUCUUCUUCAGAGAAGGAUUCUGAAAUAAGAAACGAAGCAGAAGAAUUGACUCGAUUUCUUCAACAAAUACGUUCCGGAAAGAGUGUGGAAAGACAUGCAGUAUUACACUUUUCUCGCUUAUUUUCAGACGAAAUCACUUUAGAAGGCUUAGUGCGGCCUCAGCUUGUGGCCAUGUGCCGUUAUAUGGGCAUUAGUCCUCAAGGAAGUGAUAAUUUUCUUCGUUAUCGACUGCGUGCUCGUUUGAAUAGUAUUAAGAAUGAUGACAUGCAGAUCAUGUGGGAAGGUGGAGUUUCUUCCUUGACUGACGAAGAAGUUGUCAAAGCUUGUCGUGACCGUGGCAUUCGUACAGCUGGAGUUUCUAUGCGGCAGUUAAGACAACAACUUGAGGAUUGGCUGGAGCUAUCUCAGAAUAAGGAAGUACCAUCCUCGUUAAUGAUUCUUUCCCGUGCAUUCUUUUAUACAGAAGUUCCAGAAGAAGCAUUGAAAGAGACCCUUUCUAGUAUGCCUGACAAUGUGCUGGAUGACAUUCGUUAUACUGUUUCUAGUAGUAGUGAGAAGCAUGAGAUGACUAGUGAAGAACGUUUGGCGGAAGUUCGUCGUCAAGAGAGAUUACUACAGAUGGAAAGAGAAAGGGAAGCUCGAAUGGAUACCGAGAAGAAGAAAAAGGUUACCACCAGUAUAUCGGAAGCAGCUGCUGCUGUUGCUGCUGCCAAAGAGGAAGCACGAAAGGCUGCAGAGUCUGCCAAGGCUGUUGCAAAUCGCGCUUCUCAAGUAUUUCAAGUUGUGGAAGAUGUAACAGAGCAUGUGGCAAGCACUGAAACAUCCAAAGCAUCGUCAAGUGCUGCAUCGUCGAGUCCACAAACUGCCCAAGAACAUGAACUUGAACAUAAAGAGUCACUUUUAGCAUCGUUGGCUAGGUCGUUCGAAGAUUUGAUUCAUGCUUCAGCUGUGGAAGAUGAAAGACUUGAAUUGGAGCAAAUCAAAGCGGAAUUGAGAGAAGCCGAGUCGAAACUAAGCAGUGCUUUGGAUGACAAGUCUAAGGAGUUAUCUUCUCCCGAGGUGAAGCGUCUAAAAACAUUUAUUGCUAAACUGGAGAAGCAGUUGGAAAGUGCAGAUGAGAAGCUUGGAAUCAAAUUGAAACUAUUGGAUUUAGACAAUGAUGGUGUAAUGGAUAUUUCAGAGGUAAAAGAAGCCUGCAGACAUUUGGCCACGAAUUUUCCAGAAGAUAUUGUAGAAGAAGCAAUAGCUCGUUUGGAUAAAGACGAAGAUGGGAAAAUCAAUAGGGACGAUAUAAAAAGGUUGGUUAGAGAAACCACGCAUGUCGGUGCCGAGUCUGUCGCCUCAUAAUACUUGAUUUUUUGGAUAACAAUACCUUUUUUGUUAUAUUUGACUGUAGAGCUAUAUGUAGUUGAUAGUAUAUCGAUAUCAUAUCUUUUGCCUAUCCUCAGAAAUACGAUGGCAAUGAAAGUACAUAUAUGCAAAUAUAUAUAUAUAUAGAUAUACAGAUAUAGAUAUGAGUAAUAUUCGUAUUUGGCUUUUUUGGAAAUGAACGCGCAAUUCUUUUCUCCAAUUUGAGAAACAGAAUGGAGCCAAGUGACGAGGCAUUGUUGUUAGUUUGUUCAUGCUAUAACUGCUCAGUUCUUUUCAACGUCAUAACCCAUUCUCACGAGUCUCAUUAUGAG